CUGACCCAGGGUUCAGCGGCUGCUGGAUGUAGACUAGUUUGAAGCUUCUGGUGAUAGGUACCCUUUCGAGCAAAGUUUUAAAGAAAAUUACAUAAAGACGCGAUGGAGGACGAGGAGAGACGGAGGAAGAUUGAACAUGGAAGAGCAAUUGUAGCUGCGUGGCGGCGUAGCCGGGCCGCAGUCGCGAUGGAGGACGAGGAGAGACAGAGGAAGAUUGAAUAUGGACGAGCAAUUGUAGCAGCCUGGAGGCUUAGCCAGCAGGCAGAAGCGAUGGAGGACGAGGAGAGAAGCAGGAAGAUUGAAUAUGCAAGAGCAAAGCUUGCUCAGUAUCGACAAAGAAUAGCCCAAUUUGAUGGGCAGACUACUAAGAAGAGUAAAAAAGUUUCAAGCUGUAAAGAAGAUGAACACAGCUCAAAUAUUAAUGAACAUGCAGAUGAGGUGUUUAAGAAUGUUUCUCAAGGUGUAGAGACCAAUGGGAAUCCUGAUUGCACCGAACUGAUAUUAUUUCCCAGUGGACAAGCAAACAAGCACAAUCAGGUCUUAGAUGAGAUUCACGAACAGCAAACAGAUGGUGCGAAACUUGAGUUUGCAGAGGAAAAUGUGGCAGAAGAGGAAUCAGGGAUUUUUUCAGCAUGCUCUCAGGCUGGUUUACAGAACACUGACACACACAUCAAUCAUGAGAGUGAGCUGUCUUCUCUGCCAGAGAGUGAAGACAGUAAAGAACAUGAAAAGCAGCUUCAGGGGUUAGAGAACCCUGUGAACGCCUUAGAGCAGCAGCUGAAAGCAACUGAAGCUCAUUAUGGAACAGAGAUCCCGAUGGUUCAGGGAAGCGUUGAGACCAUCCACGGACAGUCAGCACAUCCGAGUGUUGAUUCAGUGGUAUUCAAAGACAAUGAUUCACAGAAAACUGUUUGCCGUGGAAAUUCUCGACCUGACCACGUCAUCAUCGUCAUAGAGAUGGAUGAGAUGCCUGAGCCAUUUACACAGAACCAAGAAAAAACAGAGUCAUUUAGUUAUCUACAUGAACUAAAUGAGCAUGUACAGGAACAGUUCAGGACCAGAGAACAGCCAGCUGUUGAUCUCAAUGAAGCUGAAUGUAUUGUUGAUGGGUAUUCAGAUGAAAAAAUUCUUUUGGAAAGAGAAAUUCAGGAAAAGGCCUGCAUAGUAGGUCAUAUAGAUCAGGAGUUGCUAUGCAUGAGCGGGAGACUUCCAAAACUUGAAGAAGAGCAACAGCAAAUACAGGAGGAGCGAGCUUUGCUGUCCAGGCAGAAGGAGGCCAUGGGAGCAGGGGCUGGCCCAGUGGAGCAGCAAACUCUGAACAAAGGACACAUGGACCAGGAGCAACUGCACACUGUACCUAUGGAAAGUGUUGGCAUGGCUGCCGAUGAGCUCCAGGCUGAUGCACUGCAGCCUGAAGAUGUCUCUGCCCAGGACUCUUCUGAGCUUCUAAAGACCCUGACUCCUGUCGGUGGCCUUAAACAAAACUGCAAAGGUUACCGAUGUCAGGAAGCACAGUUACUAACCCUGGAGCAAGGAAAGUCAAAACCAGAACUUCUUCAAAAGAAGAUCAAUAUUCUUCAAAUUUUACUAGUAGAGAAAAUAGCUGAAGCCACCGUUAGUCAAGCUCAACUGGAGGCCUUUCAGCAGUACGUGAAGUACCUCCAAGAGAAGAGAACAUCAGAACUAGAAAUGACAGAUAGGUACAAUGUAAAUCCUCUGACAGGAGACAACACAGUAUUAGACAUCUACACAUUAAGUAUGAGACUAGAACAGUUAGAGAACCAAGUAGCUGAAAUGCGUUCUAGUUUCAUUGCAGAGAAAAAACAACUCGAAAUUACAAAGAAAAGGGUUUCUGAUAUAGAAAACAUACUGAAGCUACAGAUGCCUCUAGAUGAGGACACUACAAAAAGGCAGGAGAUUAAAGAAAAUGAAAGAAGCCUUCAAGAUUUGGAUAUAUCUGAGACAAGAGUUGAUGUCAUUCAUGCCAGUGGAGACCGUGGAUUUUUGGAUGAACUUGAAGCUCUUGGAGCCAGAUCGGUGUCUCACAAAGAACGAGACCGUUAUAAAGAACAAGCAUACAGCCAUGAAGAGCUUUUGGGCAGUGAAUACGGAACACCUGUGGAAUGUCUCCAGAAAUCUGACAGAAGGACUGUGUCAGCUGAAAAUCACACAUUAAAUACUCAAAUUAAUGGAAGGAAAAUGACUGUGACCAGAGAACAAGACACUUCAAGCCAAAGUGUUUGCAUGAGCACUAGCAUGGAUUUACAGCCAGCUGGAAGCAUUCAGUUUGUUGCUCCAUAAAAAUGUUUUAUUCAGGCAAAUUAUCUCAUUGCACACAGGAGAUAAUUGAUAGUAUUACUAUCAGUGUUAAUAGUUGUCAAAUUGGUUUUAAAUAUCCAUGUUUUAUUUUAAAUAAAGAAGUAG